AUGCGACCGACUCGGCUUUUUUCCUCGUUUGGCUCCACAGGCGAGCAGCUGCAGAUAAACCAGCCCAAAGUCUACGACUGUGCCGUUCCCGGGUCCCUGGCGUCCCGCGUCCCCGCGCUGGCCGCCGUCUGCGAGAAACGGAGCCUCCGGCCGGCGUCCAAUCGCAGCGCAGCGCUCACCUCCAAAGGCGGGGCCAGCUUCAUCAGCUUCGCCAAAGGAGCCGCGUUCAACGACGACCUGUACCACUCCUGGGUGGCCCCCGCCCUAAAGUCGGACCUCCUGGUCCAGUUCUGGAUCCGGUCCCCCGGGGUCCUGCCCUCCAACUGCUCUCUGGGCUGGAGGGUGUGGGACGUCCAGCGGAUCCGCCCCGGGCAGGCCUCCGCCUUCAGGACCAGCCAGGACCACUCCAAGUGGGCGGUCAGCCCCGGGGCGGGGUUAGGGUUAGGGUUAGGGUUAGGGUUAGGGCGGGGGGGCGGCUGGGUCUGCGUGGGGGACAUCAACAGGAACAGGGCGGAGGAACGGCGGGGGGGGGGCACCGUGUGUCUGCAGCAGCCCCAGGUCUGGAAGGCCUACAGGGACGCAGUGCUAGAGUGGGAGGCCUGUGGGGGUUAG